AUGGCAUUCACAAACAGUUUGACCCAAUUCGCAUUCUGGAAGACCUACCUCACCCCCAAACGUUACUCUUACAACAAGAUCCCCGACCUGACCGGAAAAGUUGCCAUCGUCACCGGCGCCAACUCUGGACUCGGAUACGCCACCACUGUCGCCCUUGCAGCCCACGGAGCCCGAGUCUUCUUGGCCUGUCGCAGCAAGGAGCGCGCUCAGGAGGCUAUCGAAAACGCCAGGGCUGAGAUCAAGGCCAAGUACCCCAAAGCACCAACCCCGCAGCUCGAAUUCCUGGAGUUGGAUUUGAAUGACAUGACAAAAUCCAGCCAAGCUGCACAAGAGUUCCUCAAGAAGGGAUUGCCUCUGCAUAUCCUUGUUAACAACUCCGGCAUCAUGAAUUGCCCCUUUACCCUCAGCGCCGAUGGCAUCGAGACUCAGUUCGCCGUCAAUCAUUUGGGGCACUUUGUGUUCACGAUGGGUCUACUCGACAGAAUCAAGGAAUCGCAGCCCUCCAGGAUCGUCAUCCUCUCCUCUCUCGCCCACGAGAUGACCCCUAAGCACAUGAACGGCAUCGACUUCGACACCAUCAACGACGAGACCAAAUCCAACAACUGGGACCGCUACGCCCGCUCCAAGUUAGCCAACGUCCUGUUCGGCAAAGCCCUGGCCCGUCGACUUGCCAACGAGAAGGUGUGGGUUAACGUCGCACAUCCGGGCUACGUCGCCACCAACCUGGCCCGUAGUACCAAGGACGUGUGGGGCGAUUUUGCAGACAAAGUGUUCCGUUUGGUAACGAAUAUUGUCGCCAUGUCGCCUAGAGUUGGUGCCUUGACGCAGUUGUAUCUGGCAACAAGCCCCGAGGUUGAGAGCAAGGAUAUCCGUGGACGAUACUUUAUUCCUAUUGCCAAUGAGAUUAAACCCGGUAAGAUAUCUCUCUUUCAAUCUCUAAUUGCACCCAUUGUCCUGGGAAAAAAAUAUGUGGUAGGAGAGUGA